UCCCACACUUCAAUUAUCGGUCUAAUUUUCACUUCUGUUAUUUUCAAAUUAAUUUCAAUUAAUUUUUAUAUUUUUAUAUUUUUACUUGAAAACUUACUAAGUAAUAUAGUCAUCAUGCCUUCUAUUGCCUUAGAACAUCUUGACAACUACAAUGAUCCUGUAAAGUUGGCUUCAUCCCAAGUAUCCACUGUGGCCAUUAUUGGUGGGGGUGCUUCGGGAGCUAUUGCUUUAGAUAGUUUACUUAAAGAAUCACCUUCUGCCUUUUCUAAAAUUACCUUAUUUGAAAGAAGAAAAGUCUUAGGUGGAGUUUGGGCUUUGGAUAGGACUACUAUUAGAACUCCCAAUAAAAUUGUCAAAUCGGGACUUACUAAUCUUGAUACUGAUCCUCAAUUAACUAAUCCAUUCCACUCUACUAGUAGCACUGAAAAAUUCAUAAUUACUUCCAAAAAUCAACAAGAAAGAUUUGAAGAAACUCCCAGUUAUUCUGGUAUUAAAACAAAUAUCAUUGAAAAAAUGAUGACUUACAGUGAUACUAAUAAAUGGGAUGUUCCAGGAGUUACUAAUCCUGACGAUCGUAAAUAUGUCGAUGGUUUAAUUGUUCAAAAAUAUAUCGAUUCUUACAUAUCUAGAAAUGUAUCCAAUGAUAAAGUUCAAUUGUUAACUAACUCUACUAUUGAAGAUAUUGAAAGAAUUCCAAGUCCUAAUAAGGAAAUUCCUUAUAAGUUCAGAUUAACUGUUCGUUCAAACUUAAAUGAAGAACAAGAUAUUUGGUAUCAAGAAGAUUUCGAUGCAGUAGUUGUAGCUACAGGUCAUUAUCAUGUUCCUUUUAUACCUGCUGUUAAAGGAUUAAAUGAAUUACAAGAACAAUUCCCUGAAGUCAUUCAACAUGCCAAAUUUUAUCGUGAUCCUCAACCGUAUAAGGAUGAAACGGUUGUUGUAGUUGGUUCAAGAGCUUCAGGAGCUGAUUUAACCAAGUUUAUUGCCGAUACUGCUAAAAUUGUUUAUCAAUCAAUCAGAAAUCUCGAGAAUACUAAGAAAUUAUCUAAAAAGCCUAAUCUUCAUACUAAACCUAUCAUUACAGAAUAUCAAAUUUUACCUAAUAAUGAAGGAUUUAAGGUACUUUUCGAAGAUGGCUCAGAAUUGGUAAACCCUGAUCGUGUCAUAUAUGCCACAGGUUAUGCUUUCUCAUUUCCUUAUUUGAAUAGAUUGACCAACAAUGGCAUAGUAAAAGAUGGUCGUAUUAUUCCUCAGUUAUACCAACACACAUUUCUUGUAAAUGAUCCUUUGAUUUCAUUUGUUGGUGUCCCAAUUGAUGGUGUCUCCUUCCGUGUUUUUGAAUAUCAAGCUAUCACAGUUUCUAGAUAUUUCUCUGGGAAAAUUGCCUUGCCUUCAAGAUCAGAACAAGUUGAUUGGAUUUCAAAAAGGCUUGAUGAGAAGGGGAUAACAAGAGCUUAUCAUACUAUUGGUGUGGUUGAUGCAUUAAGCUAUAUGCAUGGCUUAGUGAAAAUUGGAGAAAUACAACAAGAGAAAUUAAACCAAGGUCGUCAAUACCCAGUAUUGACUGAAGAAGAUAUUGCUACUUACCGUGCAGCUGGAGAAUUAUUAAGAAAAUUUUGGGAUGAACGUUGAUCACAGGUCCUAAAUAUACAUACAUAGAUAUAUAGAUAUAGAUUAUCCAUUUUCUA